CUGUCGCGCAGACAGCUGAUGACGUAGAUUUUGACAUUUCGUUUUGUUUUUCCUUCACCAGCAGUUUAUCGGAAAGAUUUUUUUCCAUUAUAGUUUAAUUUCCUUUUGAUUUAGUUCGAUUCUGUUCGUUUCAAUAUAAGCAAAGAUAAUGGAAAGUGGAAAUGCCUCUGGAGCCAACAGGCCAAAAAACAUGCUGGAACAAACUCAGGCUCAAGUCAACGAAGUUGUUGGUAUAAUGCGUGUUAAUGUUGAGAAAGUACUUGAGCGGGAUCAGAAACUGAGUGAACUGGAUAGCCGUGCUGAUGCCUUGCAAGAAGGUGGUAAAAGAUUUGAACAGCAAGCACAGAAGUUGAAGAGGAAAUACUGGUGGAAAAACCUGAAAAUGAUGAUUAUACUUGGUGUUGUUGGGCUCGUCAUCCUAAUCAUUAUCAUAAUGUCACUUUUACCUAAUAGCAGUUCCGAAACUACAGAAGUUGCCUCAAAACCUGUUACUGAAACCUCCUCAACACCAGGGCAAUAGGAGCAUUGAAACUAACGGAAUCUGAACAUCCUACUUAUUUAUAUCAAUUAACCUUCCAAUAUGUUUAGUUUUGAGAGAUGUUUAUUUAAUGUGAAUCCUUGUUUGUUGAUGUGAAGAAAAAAUCAACCGUAUUAAUGUUGUUUUAACACGAAAUUCACUUGCUGUCAGUGAAAUAAUCGUCGUACUAUAUUAUAAUAUUUAAUCUACAGUUGACUUAGCCUUAAAAAGUGCCUCAGUGUCCAUUAGCACAACAUGAGAAAGGUUUAUAUAUAAUGUUCGAAAGUGAAAAUAUAUUUUGUUAACCACUUUGCAAUUAAAAUACAUUUUUAUAUGGUU